AACCAGGAAAUAUCAAUAUAAACUAGCUAGCUAAAGCGCAGCUGUCGAGUCGUAUAGCAGCAGCUAUAAACACAGUUUAUCGAAAAUAACUUAAUGUUAAGUUAAUCAUUCGAAAAUAAGAUGACAGCGAAUUCAAAAGGGAAGCUUUUAAACAAGGAAUGAAAAAAUAAAAUGGACGGAUUUGCAAUCCUGUGCCUUCUGCUUCCCAUGUUAAUAAAGAACUGUUCUGGGGAUGAUUUAACGUACAUCUCUGGGUACUUUUCCAAGACACCACAGAAGCUGUCAAAGUACAGCUGGUACGGGAACGUUCGGCUGUACCAUUUCAUAGUGCCUGAAGAUACAGUGCUUGCCCGUUGGCUGUUAACUGUGACUAAAGGAUCGGGGUCAAACUGUGGAACCCACAACAUCACAAUACACUUGCGUUCAGGUGCCCCUCCGGUCAUAAAUCCCAUACAGACAGAAUUUCCAAACAACACAGCCUUCUUACCUGCACAGAAUCUGAGUCUAUUGAUAGACAGUGGCCAAAAUAUCACCCUCUUCAAUGUCUCCAACCCUGCUCCCGGGGACUGGUUUGUGGCUGCUCAUCUUCCCAAAGACGAUGGCAAAAUAGAGCAAAAGGGCUUCUCGUCCUCAUGUUCCUACUUCUUUCAGCCUCAAAUGUUUGUCAGGAGAGUUGUGGACAUGCCCAUCCUUGAGUCAAAAUCUCAGCUGCAUCAGACCGUGUCUUCCCCUGACAAUCCAGCUGUUCUCAAGCUUUUUGUACCAGAAUACACCUCAGAGCUUACAGUCCAUAUCUCACGCUGCGUCACUGAGGGUGCUGAUAUGUCUGCUGAGUGCCCGCUCAUGUUGACCCUGGGGUCUGCAACACUUGAGCACUCCUCAGUGAAAACCGUCAACUGCACUGGGAGGGUGACCUGCGCCAUCCCGCUGCACACCCCGCCAUGGGAGACGUGGGUCCGAGUCACUGUGGAGAGUACCUAUGUCAACCUGACCACAGCCUUCACCAUCUUAGCCAAUCUCACAGUGGGCUGUAAACCUAAAAGCGUUGGCUUGACGGGAGACUUCUUCACCCGGGCCAGUGUCAAUGGCAGCAGCAUGCUGGGAGGCAACUCCUCAGUGCCUACAGGGGACGGCGGUACCCUGGGGAACAUUUCUUUGAGCCUGGACACCCUUGACAAUGCCUGUGUGCACACCCAGCCAGUGUUUAAAGAGGAGCUGGACGUGGUCUCUGUGCGCUUUGCAGUGAUCAAUGGGGCCAAUGUCACCGUCUCUUCCAUGGCCCCAACACUACUCCUUCUCAACCUUAACUCCUUCACCGACAGUGGUGGAACACUCAAUCUUGACCUCAAGCUCAAUCAAACAAAUCUAACUAAUGGGAAUGCCAGUGUGUUUGCUUGCCUGACAGCCAGGACCCCUGUGCUGGCACUGAACAGGACACAGACUUGUGCUACAGGGCUGUCUCAGGGCUAUGACCUCACCCUGAAUCUGACGUUGCCUCAGGCCAUUCUGCGUAUCCCCUUCCCCGAGGCUGCCAUGUGGUACCUCACCCUGCAGACGGUGUGUCCUGCAAACACCAGUGACUUGUGCAACGUGACCGCCACGGUGACGACGUCGGUCUACCUGAGCGCCUGCAUUGACGACUGCGGCACGUACGGAGAGUGCAGGCUGCUCCGCUCUUACAGCUACCUCUAUGCCGCCUGUGUCUGCAAAGCCGGCUGGCGUGGCUGGAGCUGCACAGAUAACGGGACCGCGCAGACGUACUCUCGCCAAAUGGCAGCCGCCCUCCUGCUCACCCUCAGUAACCUGCUGUUCAUCCCGCCCAUUGUGGUGGCUGUAUACCGCUGCUACAUCGUGGAGGCCUCCGUCUAUCUCUUCACUAUGUUCUUCUCCACGUUCUACCACGCCUGUGACCAGCCGGGCAUUACGGUACUAUGCAUCAUGGACUACGACACCCUCCAGUACUGCGACUUCCUGGGCUCCGUCUCCUCCAUAUGGGUCACCAUCCUCUGCAUGUCCCGGGUCAAGGAAACCUUUAAAUAUAUGCUGUUCAUGCUCGGGACGCUGAUCAUCGCCAUGUCGAUGCAGCUGGAUCGCAGAGGGCUGUGGAACAUGCUGGGCCCCAUACUGUGUGCAGUGCUGGCACUGGUAGCAGCCUGGGUAUACAGAGGGGUGAAGCGGAGGCAAUGUUACCCCACCACCUGGAAGCGCUGGGUGUUCUACCUGAUCCCUGGUCUGGCCACCGCCAUCGUCGGCCUGUGCGUCUACGUCUUCACGGAGACGGACGACAACUACUACUACACGCACAGCAUCUGGCACAUCAUGGUGGCCAGCAGCGUGGUCUUCCUGCUGCCGCCCAGAGACCGGCACCAGGAGCCCUGGGGCUGGUCUCAGAAGCUGUGCGGCUACCAGAUCUGCAAGAACGAGAAGGAGGAGCUCUACACGGUCACUUAGAGCCUCCGAGAUGCAGCCUCCCUUUUCCUGAAUCACCAGUAAGGCCCUGUCUUUAUCCUUCUUUCAGGGAGCUUUUUAUCACACAGGGUUUAUUUUGUGCACUUAGCUUUUUGUUUAUAGCGUACUGUAUGUUCUGGUCUUUAUAUUUUGUCCCUGAGAUUAAUUGAUACUCUAAAGUGCAGUAGCCAUGACUGAUCUGAAAGGUGCAUGCUGUUCUUUUGAGUCAAGCACAUAAUUCCUGUUUCAGAUUUAAAAGCUGUGUUGUUGUUAGAUCAUUAUUAGCACUUCGACUAUAACUUACACUUCAGAGAAUAAUAAGAGAUGUGAUAAGACAAUGCUAAAAUAAUUCGCUGUUUUACUAUGCAAAAUUCCAGUACUUCGUACAGGUAAUUUAUGUGCAAUACACUCUGCCAAAUCACUACUUUACCACGUUAAUUGUCUUUGAUGAAUCAAUGUAUUACUUAUUCUGUUGUCCUUAUGUCAGACAAAGGUUUCCCUUUUUUCUGUAAAGCACUUGACUCACAACUUGUGUAUUUACAAGGAGUCUUUUUAUAAAUAAGGCCAGCUGCGAUUCACAGGAAAGGAAAGUUGCAUCUCACAGUCAGAACAAUAUGUGUAUAUAUUUUAGACUUAGCAGCGCAAUGUAUCUACAAGAUUUAUAAUCAUUUUUAAUGUUUUUCAUUUUUCUUUGGGAAGAGAACUGUCAAGACUUGAAUAUCUUUAAGCACUUUUAUAGACCUGUUUCAUGGGUCAUGAAAUACAAGGGAUACAUUUUACGUCACUUUUGAGGUACAUUCAUAUUGAGGAAACUCUGUUAGUAGACAUAGGUUCUGUGUUUAAACAUUUACUACGCCACAGGCUGAUUUUAAACUAUUUUGACGACUGUACUUGUUUUUCUCUGUUGUAGAUUUUGCACUUGUGUUUCAAAAGGAAUGUACACUAUUGCUAACUUACACUGUUGAACAACAUUUCCUGCUGAAGGGUCUGUCCACAAGGCUACGUUCAUCCUUUUUACAUUAUUCUGAUACAGUACUGCUGUAGCGAUUGCUGACCGAUUUCACGGUCUGUAGUUUUUAUCACACACAUUUUAUCUUCUUGUCAGUUUUUCAGAAUGCAAAAGCUGAAACAUUUUAUUAGUUUCUAAGAGCCUUUAAACCAUAAUGGGAAAGAAUGUAAUGUCUCUAAGUAUAUGUAUUCCCUUGUAAUAAAAAGUGAUCAGUCAUCUCUGAGGACCUCAUUUCUGCACAAGCAAUAAAGAAAUGGCUCUUUGUUUUUCUGGGGCUGUGGUAUCUUGCAUGGUUUCAAUAGGAGCUUCUAUUCUUGCAGUAUAAUAUUGCACACUACUGGUUUAAAUUAUUGUAUCCUGAUAAGUGUAUUUUCUAAACAUGAAGCACUUGUAAGUUUAAAAUGAAUCAUUGUGCUUUGGUUUGAUUUAACAUUGUCACUAUACAUAUACAUGUUAAGGUGUGUAAAUGACCUGCUUGUCUGCUGGUCAAUUCCUUUAAGCAAAUAAAGGGGCCAAGUUAAUGAAAGGGCGAAAAAGUUUGACCUUGAAUGUGUAACAUGUUAAUGGAAGCAGUGUAUGUAUUUUUGUUUUUGCAACAUCUUUGUUGUUGUGUUAUGACAAAAUGUUUCAGUUUCAAUUUUGAAGGCCAAACAAAGCUACGUUUAGCUUUCAUUUAAUUGUACUCACCAACAUUGAUGUUCUGGCAUUACUAAAGGUGGCUUCAUUAUGUAUUUAGGAGAUUGUCACUGUCCUGUGGAGUCUACCUAGCAUUUGUGAUUGGUUUCAUUUAUAUGUUUUUUAAAUUUCGGUGCAAACAAUGUGGAAAGAUGUUUCUGAUUCUGCUUUGCAUAAAGACUACUAAUUCAUUACUUGUUGAUUUUUUGUGUGUGUCAUUGUUUGUUCAUCCUGUUUCAAUCACUAGUAAUAAAUACAUAAAUACUUCUGAA